CAACAGUAUAAAAGCGUACGCUUGAUCUAACCGUUCCAUGUUCGCAGCGAAUUUCAUCAAGCCAUCAACAAACAAACCAACCGUAAAAUGUUCUUCAAGCUGGCUGUUGUCGCUAUUGUGGCCUUUGUUGCCGUUCAAGCUGCACCGCAACUGCCCGAAGGUGUACCGGCUGUUCCGGCUGUGCCAGAGAUGCCAUCAACACCGGAGAUGCCCGCUUCACCGGAAAUGCCCGCCACUCCGGAAGUGCCAGCCGGUUCGCAGAAUGUCAACCUGCCAAAUCGCAUCUCGAAUCGAAUCUCGAACCGUGUCAAUAGUGGAUAGAGUUUUUUUUUUUUAUCGAAAAUGCAUUGCUGCGAUGACAAACGGUCGGAUUUCUAGUCAGGUUAAAGUUGAUAACGUGGAAUAAACGAUUGAAUCUGGAA